UCUUUUCUUUCUUUCAAUCCCAUGAGUUUCAUUAAUUCAUUGUUCUUGGAGAAUUGGAUUCCAAAGUGUUGAAGCCAAUCCCCCUAAAGGAGCCCUAACUUGAGCUUCAUUCUUUAAUAAUUACUUAAUGGAUUUUAUCAAUGGACUGAUGAAUGUCUAAAUUUGUCAUUCUACAUUGGGUAGUACCUUAUCCCAAUGAUUUGGUCAAUCUAAUCCAACAAAUAUAAUAUAAUACACACAACUAUCCCUCAAAGGCUCUCAAAGUGCAUUAUUAGACAGCCACCAUCAACAUAUGGCUUCUAAACAAUCUCCUUCACAUGUCUUCCUUGUAUGCUAUCCCGGCCAAGGACACAUCAAUCCCACUCUAAGACUAGCCAAGAAACUCGCCGCUGAGGGUCUUCUUGUCACCCUUUGCACAGCCGCGCAUUUUGGCCAAACACUGCAGAAAGCCGGAAGUAUUCUCGGCGGCGACCAAUGCACUCCCGUCGGUAAUGGCUUCAUCAGAUUUCAAUUUUUCGAAGAUGGGAUCGUAGAGAUUAAUCCCAAAGAUAUGAACUUGGACCGCUUCGUUGCCCAGCUCGAGCUAUCUGGCCGGCCGUCGCUUGUCGACCUGAUAAAGAAGCAAACCGCCGAAAACCGUCCGGUUUCUUGUAUGAUCUUGAACCCUUUUUUUCCAUGGACUUAUGAUGUUGCAGAGGAGCUUCAAAUCCCCUUUGCUGUUCUUUGGGUUCAAUCUUGUGCUGUGUUCUCGAUUUAUUGUCAUUACUUCCACAAAUCCGUCCCGUUUCCUACUGAAAUUGACCCCACAAUCGAUGUUCAGCUCCCGAUAUUGCCACUUUUGAAGAACGAUGAAAUCCCAAGCUUCUUGCAUCCGAAGAAAACCUAUGGCGUUCUGGGAAAAGCUAUGUUAUCCCAAUUCGGUAAACUAUCGCCAGCCUUUUGUGUUUUGAUUGAUACUUUUGAAGAACUCGAAAAGGAAAUCAUUAAUUACAUGUCAAAAAUCAUUCCCUUGAAACCCAUAGGUCCAUUGUUCUUAAACUCCCAAAAAUUAGAAAUAGAGGUCUCUGUUGACUGUCUAAAAGCAGAAGAUUGCAUGGAUUGGCUAAACUCAAAGCCCCCACAAUCCGUCGUCUACGUUUCAUUCGGAAGCGUCGUGUUCUUGAAACAAGAACAAAUUGACGAGAUCGCUUAUGGGCUUUGCAAUUCAGGAUUCUCAUUUUUAUGGGUUCUGAAACCGCCGUCUGAAUUUUUUGGGAAACAACGCCAAACUUUGCCGGAAGAGGUUGUGGAAAAAAUAGGGGAGAGGGGGAAAAUAGUGCAAUGGAGCUCGCAAGAACGGGUUUUGUCGCACGAAUCAAUCGGGUGUUUUGUGACGCACUGUGGGUGGAAUUCGUCGGUGGAAGCCAUUGCCAACGGCGUUCCGGUGGUGGCGUUCCCGCAGUGGGGGGAUCAAGUGACCAACGCCAAGUUUUUGGUGGAGGAGUAUGGAGUUGGAGUGAGUCUGUCGCGUGGAGUAGAGGUAAAUGAGUUGGUUACGAGGGAUGAGAUUGAGAGGUGCUUGUCGGACGUCAUGACCGGCGGCAGUGGAGAGAAUGUAUUCAGGCAAAAUGCUUUGAAAUGGAAGAAGGCCGCGGCGGCUGCGGUGGCGGACGGCGGCUCCUCCACCCGAAACUUCCAAGAUUUUGUUGAUAAGAUUAGACAGAUAUGAAAUUCGUCUCUUCCAAUAAUUUACCACAAACAUCAAUCUAUGUCUCCAUUUAAACUCUACCUAUGAUUUACUUUAGUUUCAAUUAUAAUUUGACUUUAAUGAUAUCAAAAAGUUUUUAAUUAUUGUA